AGCAUCAGACACAGGGAAAAUAGAUGAGAGGGAGAAGGAAAGAGGGAAACUGAGGGAGUCAGGAGAAGAGAGGAGCAAAGAGAGCAACAAAAAAAGGAGGACAGCUCAGCAAAUCAGUCCAGUAGCAUUCCUUUCACAGAUGCAGUGAUCCAGACUGGGAGGGGAAGUUUAGCGCACCAAGAGAAGAAGGAAAAAAAAAAAUACAAGAAAGUGCAUUUGUAGAUUUUUUUUUCCCUGGGUGAAGAAAUCUGAAGACUCCCUUUAGAGGAAAGGGAACAAGAAGAAAUAGGAAUCAGAGAGCUUCUGCAGCCUCCAAUUGUCCUGCAGGGGAAGAUGGAUUCAGACUCUGGAGAGCAGAGUGACGGAGACCUGUCUCCAGACAUACAUGUGGAGGAGGACGAGUCUGACAGUAUGCCUAGGGAACAGGAGGAAAAAAGACAGGAGAGCUUUAACUCUCGCUCCCUGGCCCUGCAGGCCCAGAAGAAGAUCCUGAGCAAGAUGGCGACCAUGGUAGUGGCCAACAUGCUGACAGAUGACACCAGCAGCGAGAUCUUGGACGAGCUCUACAAGACGAGCCGGGAGUUCACCAAGAGCAAGAAGGAGGCCCACAAGAUCAUCAAGGACGUCAUUAAGAUUGCCCUGAAGAUCGGCAUCUUGUACCGCAACCACCAGUUCAGCCCCGACGAGCUGGACACAGUGGAGCGCUUUAAGAAAAAGAUGAACCAGGCAGCCAUGACGGCGGUGUCGUUCUACGAGGUGGAGUACACCUUUGACAGGAAUAUUCUGUCAGAGCUUCUGCUGGAGUGCAGGGACCUGCUUCACACCCUGGUCGAGCAGCACCUGACGGCGCGCUCACAUGCACGCAUCGAUCACGUUUUCAACCAUUUUGCCCACGGAGAGUUCCUGGCUGAGCUGUACGGGGACAGAGAUGAGUACAGACUCUCCCUGAGGAAGAUCUGCAAUGGCAUCAACAAACUGCUGGAUGAAGGAACACUUUAACCACACACACCUGAACUCUUUCUCCUCGUGCUCCUUCUCUUGCUGGUUUCUCCCUCCUCCUUCUAUUUCCUUUUGACUUGCUCAACCCUGACUGCUUACAUCCUCUUCCCUCUUUCUGCUCUCGUCUUCCUGUUUCUUCUUCAUCCCUUACCAUGAAGCUCGCUGUAACAUCCUGCUGCUGUGGAAUAUUUUAGACUGUCUUUUCACUCAGCGGAUCAUGGCUGCACACUGGGACAGCCUGUAUCAUGUUGUAUGCAUUAUAGCAUUCCAAGUCAUCCCCUUUGUGUGCAAACGUGUACUGUACCAAUGGCCAAAAAACAUGCAUUAGGUAUAGUUGGAUAUGAAAGAUAAUUAGUAGUAGUAAUCAGUCUCUCUUUGUGUGUGUGUGUGUGUGUGUGUGUGUGUGUGGCGACAUGUGUAUGUGAUUCGUUUGAAAAAUGUGUUUGUACAUAAGACCAUGGUGUGUGUAUUACAGUAUGUAUCUGUGUCAAUCUUCUCUACAAUGGUGUAACACUUGUCUUUUAUUAAAGAUUUCUUGUAAACAUUA